AGUGUUAUCCACCUUUAGUAGUCAGUUCUAACCCCCGGCAUUUGACUGCUCUUCUCCCUCUCCCCGAAGCCGCAGAAGCGCAUCCAUACACAUAGGUGUGAGACUGGUAUUUCGUUUUAUUACGGUGGCGAAUUGCCUCCUUGAUCCUCACAAAACGUUUCUUUUAUUUCAAACAACACCACACAUUUGCUUUCAUUUUCCUCUGUUUUUUUUUUUUGUUGGUAUUCGCGUCGCUGUACAUCCUUUCUCGUGGUAGCUAUAUACCUACUCUCAUACGCAUAUACAUUCCCCCCACUCGCCUUUUAACGUUCCGCAGCUUUGCGUUGAGAAAGGUCUCUGAGAGGGUUUGGCAUCGACACCUUUCUCCCUCUUUCUUCCGUUCUCCCCCCCUUAGUUGUAGUUAGCAUCUUUUAUAUUUUCAUUUCUUUACCUGUCACCAUGCAGAUGAUGCGUGCGGUGACCCUUAAAGGGUUUGGUGCGACGGACAUGCUGCAGAUAUCUCGCAUUCCUCGGGCCGUGAUUGCGAACCCGCGCGAUGUCCUCAUCAAGGUGAGUGCCGCGGGCAUUAACCGUGCCGAUGGGGCGCAGCGUCGCGGCCACUACCCCCCUCCGAAGGGCAGCUGCGAGGUGCUGGGCCUCGAGGUCUCCGGUGUGAUCGAGCAGGUCGGACCGGAUGUGAAAAAUUUUAAGGAGGGGGAUAAGGUGAUGGGCUUGUUGCCCGGCGGUGGCUACGCCGAGUACGCCGUUGCCCACGAAGGCAGUGUGAUGCACAUCCCACAAGGGUACUCCUUCAUUGAGGCCGCUGCCAUCCCGGAGGCGUUUCUCACGGCGUGGCAGGCGCUGAAGUUCCACGGGAAUGUUAGCAAGGGCCAACACGUGUUGAUCCACGCCGGUGCAAGCGGGGUGGGCACGGCCGCAUCGCAGCUGGUGGAGAAGUACUUCGAGGCCACUGCGGUGACCACCUCGUCCGAGGCAAAGGUGGAGCUGUGCAAGAACUUUGCGAGCAUCAACCUGUCUCGCACGCCGGAUGAGACUGGGAUGUGUUUCGCGCCUAAAAUUAAAAACUUGCUAGGCGAGAGCUGCAUCAACGUCGUGCUGGACUCGAUCUUUGGCGGCUCCUACAUCUCCGAGGACGCCGCCGUGCUGGCCGAGGACGGUCGCAUCGUUGUGCUUGCCUUUAUGGGCGGCGCUAGGGUACACCUGAACUGCUUGCCUCUGCUGCGUCAGCGUGCACACAUCAUAUUCUCGAAGCUUCGCUGUCAGUCCGAUGACUACAAGGAGAACUUGGUGAAGACGUUCGAGCAGGAGGUGAUACCGCUGAUGAACCAACGCGUUAUUGUGCCGGUGGCGAACAAGACCUACCCACUGGAGGAGGUGGGACAGGCGCACGCACGGCUGGAGGACAGCAAGGCGUGGGGCAAGAUUGUGCUGACGGUAAACAACCAUCUGAAUUCGACCUCUGCCCACGCUCUGCCUUCCCCACCAGGGGCGUGA